AUGCUGAAAACAAAAGUGUUCUUCAAGAAAACCAAGCGAGGCAGUGUCUUGAAAGUUGUCAGAGAACAUUAUCUGAGAAAUGACAUUUAUUGUGGCUCAUCUGGUUGCAGGCAUUGUCAGGAGAAUGAAAACUUUAAACCAGUUCUCAUGCCAGACUCCAUUUCAAAGUCAGACUUAGUGCCAUUGCCACAUUACAUUAUUCCAGACACAAAUGUUGUGUUGCAUCAGAUAAGCAUCCUGGAAUCACCUGUCAUUCAUAAUGUUAUCAUUCUAUCAACUGUUCUUCAGGAGGUAAGGAAUAAGAGUCCACCAGCCUAUAAGAGACUCAGGGAUCUCCUUGCCAAUGAGAACAAACGAUUCUAUAUAUUUGUCAAUGAGCAUCAUUUUGAGACUUAUGUGGAACAGGAGCCAGGUGAGGAAGACAAUGACAGGAAUGACCGUGCUAUUAGACGUGCUUGUUUCUGGUACCAGGAACAUUUGACUAGUGUUCCUGGAAAGCGUAAAAGAGAUCCCAAUAUUACUAUAGUCCUCCUCACAGAUGACAGGGACAACAGAGAAGCAGCCAUCAGAGAUGGCAUCAAAGCCUAUUCAACAUCUGAAUAUGUUGAAAGUCUGAAGGGACACCCAGAACUCCAGGACCUUGUGGCAAAAAUUGGGACAUGCAUAUUCAUUGACAACAAGAAAUCAGUAUUCCCUGAUCACUUGCCUGCCUCAGUGGUACAUGAUGGAAUCAAACAAAAGAAAUACUUGCAGGGUGCAUUCCAGGCCAGCAGGGAAAAUUAUCUUGAGGGGUUUGUUAAUAUUGAAGGAAUGGAAAAGCCAGUUCUCAUUCAAGGACUUUCUCAUCUCAAUCGAGCUGUUCAUGAUGACAUUGUUGCAGUGGAGCUAUUGCCCCAAAACCAAUGGAGUGCUCCUAGUGGAAUCGUCUUAGAAGAGAAAGUAGAUGAUCAGGGUGAUGCUGUUGAGGAAAAUGAGGUUGGAGAACCAAAGGAUCAUUUGUCAGAAGCUCAACCAACUGGAAAAGUGGUUGGAAUCAUCAAACGCAAGUGGAGACAUUAUUGUGGAAUACUGCAGCCAAGCAUAAUCAAAGACAGGAAUAUGCAUCUAUUCAUCCCAGCUGAGCGACGGAUUCCCAAGAUUCGAAUCGAAACACGGCAGGCUGAGACCUUGAGCAAGCAGAGGAUUGUGGUGGCUAUUGAUUCCUGGCCCAGAAAUUCACGUUAUCCUCUGGGUCAUUUUGUUAGAGCCUUAGGAGAGGUAGGAGACAAAGCCACUGAGAAUGAAGUUCUUCUCUUGGAACAUGACAUACCUCAUAGCCAUUUCUCAGAAGCUGUGCUGGCCUGCCUCCCAAAGCUACCUUGGGCAAUCAGAGAGGAAGAUAUUGAAAAGAGGGAAGAUCUUAGGCAUUUGGUCAUUUGCAGUGUUGAUCCACCUGGCUGCACAGACAUUGAUGAUGCACUUCAUUGUAGGGAACUCACAAAUGGAAACCUUGAAGUAGGUGUGCACAUUGCAGAUGUGACUCAUUUCAUUCGUCCUGGAACUGCGAUUGAUCAAGAGGCUGCUGCAAGGGGAACUACAGUCUAUUUAGUGGACAAUCGCAUUGACAUGGUACCUGAACUUCUCAGCUCAAACCUCUGUUCAUUGCGGGGUAAUGAAGAACGCUUUGCUUUCUCUGUGAUCUGGGAGGUGAAUAAGAAAGCAGAAAUACUAUCAACUCACUUCUGCAAGAGCAUCAUAUGCUCCAAAGCUGCCUUGACUUAUGAGCAUGCCCAAUUGAAAAUUGAUGACUCACGCCUCAAUGAUGAAGUCACAUGUAGCUUGAGAAGAUUAAACAGUUUAGCCAAGAUAUUGAAGAAGCAGCGAAUGGACAAAGGAGCCUUGAUUUUGGCCAGUCCAGAGAUCCGUUUUGAAGUAGACAGUGAGACACAUGAUCCAAUUGAUGUUGAGGUGAAGCAGUUGAGAGAAACAAACUCCAUGGUUGAAGAAUUUAUGCUUCUGGCAAACAUAUCUGUAGCUAAAAAAAUUUUGGAAGAUUUCCCUGAGUGUGCAGUGCUCAGACGCCACCCUCCUCCACCAAAUGCAAAUUUUGAUCCAUUAAUCAAGGCAGCCAAGAGCCGUGGCUUCACUAUUCGCAUUGAUUCAGGGAAGGGCCUUGCAGACUCUCUUGAUGCAGCAGUUGUGCCAGACAAUCCCUACUUCAACACCAUGCUUCGUAUUGUUGCCACAAGAUGCAUGAUGCAAGCAGUUUACUUUAGCACUGGCACUGUCCAAGAAGAAGAUUUUUAUCAUUAUGGUCUGGCUGCACCUAUCUACACACACUUUACCUCUCCAAUCCGAAGAUAUGCUGAUAUAUUGGUUCAUCGCCUUCUUGCAGCAAGCAUUGGGUCUGAUUCUACCUAUUCUCACUUAUUAGACAAGCACACAGUUCAGCAUCUGUGUAACAAUCUGAAUUACCGACACCGCAUGGCAUUGUAUGCAGGUAGAGCUUCAGCACAGCUCCACACACGACUGUUCUUCAAGGAUAGGAUUGAACAGCAAGAGGGCUAUGUCCUCUUUGUUCGCAAAAAUGCUCUGGUCAUUCUAAUACCCAAGUAUGGACUCGAAGGAAACCUGUUCCUGAACAGGGAUUGUGAAGGAGGUACUUCAGUGCAGUUCCAAUUCAAUGAGGAGGAACCAUCUCAGACAUGUGGGAAGGUCACAUUCCGUCUUUUUGAUAAGGUGAUUGUCCAGAUCAGCAUCAAUGCCUCAAAUGUCCAGCAUCAAAAGAUGGUGCUGAAGCUUGUUCAUCCUACAGUCCCUGGCUUCAGUGUUCCAUCUCAAGAUCUCUCUAAGGGGGAUGUUUCAGUAUCCAGCAGUGAGGAAAUGGCAAAGAAGAGAAAAAAGAAAUCUUGA